CGCUGGGCCGUGUCGUGUUGUGUGUUGGCACGCACCCGCCAUCGCGAUCGCGACGUGCACGACAGUUUCAUCUCAAAGGCGGGACUCAAAAUUUAGCGCGAGGACAAAAUAAUAAUCUCGAAACGAGGGGGGGGAAGAAAAAAGGAUCCGGGGAAGGAGACAAGGAGACAUCCGAGGGGGCGAAGGAAGCGAGCGAAGGCUGCGCGCCGCUCUUCGCAUUGGAACGCGGCCCGCUCCGUUUCCUUUGACUCGACUCCCCUCCAUUCAGUGUGUGCGGAGGAGGGUCUGGCUCCCGGGAUCCAACACUAGCAGCGGGGGGUAACAAGGCGACCGCAUGCGCUCUUCCCCCCUCGACAAAAACACCCGGGAAGGAGGGCCGAGAACACCGAACGGAUUCCCCAGAGCCGCCAGGAUUCGACUCAUUUCAGCGGGGGACGAGAGGCCCGCGCCCGGCGACGCGGCAGCGGGGAAGCCCGCCGUGGCUAGCAUGAAGCGGACGGCCGGUGUGACCAGGCACAAUGGCCUCGUCUCUCCGCUGGGGAACAACAACUCCGGGGCCUCCUGCAACAUCGCCCCCCCGCCGCAGCAGCAGCGCUCCGGCGCCGCCGCCGCCUCGGACGCCGCCGCGUCCGCGGUGGCAGUGGCGGCGGGGGCGGCGGACGGCCUGCUGGACUACUCGAAGGGGGGGGCCGUCAUCAAGACCGAGCUGGUGUGCAAGUGGACCGAGAGGGAGCGAACUUCGUCCAGACAAAAGCAGCUCGACAGGCGGACCCCCUGCGACCAAAGUUUCGGCUCCAUGCACGAGCUGGUGGACCACGUCACCGCGGAGCACGUCGCGGCCGGGCUCGAGUCCCCCCUCUCGAGCCAUGUGUGCAUGUGGGACGAGUGUCUGCGGGGGGGCAAGGCGUUCAAAGCCAAGUACAAACUCAUCAACCACAUCCGCGUGCACACGGGCGAGAAGCCCUUCACCUGCGCCUUCCCCAGCUGCGGGAAGAUGUUCGCGCGCUCGGAGAACCUCAAGAUACACACGCGCACCCACACGGGAGAGAAGCCCUUCCAGUGUGAGUUCUGCGAGCGACGGUUCGCCAACAGCAGCGACCGCAAGAAGCACUCCCAGGUGCACACGGCCUCCAAGCCUUACGACUGCAAGGCGCUGGGCUGCACCAAGUCCUACACGCACCCUAGCUCCCUGCGCAAGCACAUGAAGGUCCACGUCAAGUCCUCGCCUACCUCCGACCCCAGCGACCCCUACGACCCCGUCCUGCGCCCGCGCUGCCUGCAGCCCCACCAGAACCCCUUCGAGCCGCUGGACCUGAAGAUGAACCACCACCACCACCACCACCACCUGCACCCCCUGUCCCCCUCCCUGCUCGACACUAAGCCCUACUUCCCCUCCCGGCCCGACGGCUUCCAGCGCCAGGAGCUGGACCAGAUGCUGCGGCUGCGGAGCGCGUCGCCCACGGCCGUGCCCCUGGACCUGUCGCUGUCGGGCCUGAUGAAGAGCCGCCUGGCCCAGCAGAAGCAGGGCGCCCGCGGCCAGCGGCGCUGCCUACCUCAGGUGUCGAACAUUAAGGAGUGGUACGUGUGCACGCGCACCGCCGUGCACCAGGAGUUCCCCCUGCUCAACCCCGAGGACAUCAAAUCAGAGCCCAGCGACGAGGAGUACAACACGUAGGGCCCCCGCGGCCCGCGGCCUGGCCGCGGCGGACUCGGUGAACACGUGGAGGAGGGCCGGCCGGGAGGGUCCGGAUCCCUCUGCUGGACUUCAUAUCAGGGGCUUCAUGUCCUCGGCUCAGGGGGACCGGGGACCGACCGUGGUGUGAUUGUGUGUGCGUAGUUGUCAUCACCCCCCCCCACCCCCCACUCCCCCCCCACUCCCCCACCACCCCGUCAAACACACACACAAAAACACACCUGGUAUCAGGGGAGCGAGGGGGUUUGAGGUGAGAGGCUGGCGUCGUUCCAAGGCUCAAAGGUCAGGUCAGGGCAGAGAGGCGGUGUGUCUGUGUGUGUGAGGCCUUGCUGGGCCGCUUUGUUUUGAAUGGGACGGUUGGGGACGGUUGUAACAGCGACACCUUUAGAGGUUCGAGGCUCGGGAUUAGAGGACAGAGACUCCGCCUCGGUCCCGCGACGCUACCGCGAGGUCCCGCCACUGAUCAGUAUUCCUCCGCCCCCCCGUUCUUGUCUUUGUUUACCGAUACGAAAAACACGACGUGAGAGAGGUUCUUUCCGAAGGUCCGAUCAUCACCCAGGAAACAUUUUGACGUUAAGUGUUACACGGUGAUAGUCCCUAUAACACAUCGUUAGUCUGACGUUAGUUACUAAUAUAGAGAGGUUUGAUAGAACGUUUCAAACAGAAAAACCAGAGCCCUCCAAACUUUCACCCCUUGCCCACUGCUUCCGUCCGUGGACGGAUCCCAUUGAUUUUGAAUGGGGCGGAGCCCCAUUCAAAAUCAUCAGUCAGCCAUGACUUCAGUCAACCAUCAGUCAGCCAUGACUUCCGUCAUCCGUUGACGGACGGAUGCAGUGGGCAAGCUGCGUUACUGCUUGAGCAAGCAGUCGUUUUUUUUAUACUUUUUACUAUUAUGGAAGUCAUAUUUUCCCAUAAGAUGUUCUACGUUGCCAAACUAACAGAGCCAACCGUCCUUUAGAACCCCCCCCCCCCCCCCCCGCCAGGUAUCCAUGACGACGAGGGUACGGCAAGCAGGACCUGAUGUAAAUGUAUUCUCUUUCCAAAGUACCUCCGCGAUAGCUUCAUAGUGGUCGCUCCGACCCUUAUGAGGACGUUUAAUAACAAUCAGCUGGUUUAAUAACGAUUAGCCGGUUUAAUAACGAUCAGCCGGUUUAAUAACGAUCAGAGGGUUUAAUUGAUCGGUGAAAGCACUCGAUAAGCUGUCAAGAAAAAGACCAACCUAUAGAAAAGCAUACUUUGAUAUACUUGUGACUCCCAAACCUUCUUAAAAACCUUAAUUGGGCCCAAUUAAUGAAUGAGUUCACCUGAGAAUUAUGUUUGUUAAACUCCAUCAUUGAUUUGAGGUAAAUCUGGUCGAUUUGAGACCACAGAGCACUUGUCCUCUGGGCCAGCAGUGACCAGAGACAGAAGUGUUCACAGACGUCUGAUCACACCGUGGUCCAUACUCCCAGGAUCGAUGAGCCAGUGUGGAGGUCUCCUUUAUUUAAUGUCUUCUUAAGUUGUUUAUAGCGCUUGUCCUAACCCAGCCCCCCCUCAAAAAAACCCAACCUAUUUAUUCCCAUACAUGUAUAUUUUUUUAAUAAAUGCAAAAAAAUACAUUUUUUCAAAAGCAUUUAAAAGAAAAAAAAAUGGAGACCAAUCCAGGAUCGAAGACAUACCCGUGUUUUAGGUAACCUGAAGAUAUCGAAAGCCCUUAAACCAGUUUUGUAAACGUGUUUCUCUGUAAUAUUAAUAUGCGUUUUCUAUGAGUUACCUGACCCCUGCCAGUGUUUCACAAUAAAUAGUCCUUUGGCCAUCGAGUUGUCCAUCCUUCAUUCAGCGAGGGGCGUCCCCAGAGCUCAGACUAAACACGGGACAGCCGAGAGCCCGGACAGGGUUUUUAUUGUGUCGUCUUAACUCCGGCGAAGAGUGGGGGUUCCUCGUCAGACCUCCUCCGGUGUUUCUAGACCUUUCCUACUUCUCAGUAAUAAAUUAAUGUGUUUCCACGCCGUGGAUGUGUUUCUUCUGCUCGGAACAGGGGAGAGGUUAGAGGUUAGAGUUUGACGGGUCAGGUGAAGGUAGAGACACCGUUGUACACGGCGAUUGUUAACAGAAAAGUGUGUGUGUGGGGGGGGGGGGGGGGUUCUUACAAAAAUAGAAAAGUGGGGUAAGGUUAUUAAUAUAGAAGAUCUGACACGCAAUGCGGCGUUGUGCCUCAUGGUCUAAUCAGGGCAGGUUUCACCGGUCCUCUUCAUGUUUUGGAGGCCGUUGUGACCGUUUUAUCAGUGUACUUUAUAAGAUGAUGAAGAACAUUGCUUUGGGUUUAAACCGGACCAGAACCAGGCUCACCAUACAAUACCCCCGCUCCCAUCUGGGAUUAAUACAGAACAUCUCAUAAAAAAUCACACUUUAUUAAUCACCAGGGGGGACAUUCAGGAAUGGUCUUCAUGCUGCUCCUCGGAAACGUCGAGAAGUAAACAGGAACUGGGGUUCGCUACAUGUCGUCUUAAAACCUCUGUUUAGUGUUCGGUUAACUCUGAGAGCCCAACCCCAAGGUAUGGAAGACUUAUGGAGAGAAUGGUACCUAACACACACACACACACACACACACACACACACACACACACACACACACACACACACACACACACACACACACACACACACACACACACACACACACACACACACACACACACACGCACACACCAGCUCCGAGACUCGCUAUGAGCUACAUUGAGAAGCAUUCCUCCGUUCGGGAAGACCCGCAUCGCUACGACAAAUCAGCUGUCCAUGUCCCAGCGGGACCCGAAGCAAACCUAUCGAAAAACGCUGUUUUUUUAAUUGUGCGUCCGAAAGGCGUUCUCAGUGGACGGACAACGUGGUGACGCAAACAAAAGAAAGCGCGCGACCUGAGGCGUGGACGCGCGUGCCAGCGGCUGCCACGCAGGGGUCACAUUGGACAUAGGGCCACGAUAGACCUGGUUUCUACGUGGACAACCCACAUGCGGGGUGUGUGUGUGCGUGCGUGUACGUGUGAGAGAGAGAUCAAAAUGUCAACUGUGAACACAUGAGCAGGCACAUGUGCGACGUGUCUGCGUGUGUGUGUGUGCGUCUAUGCGCGUGCGACUCCAAACGGAUACGUGUACCCCCUGCGGUGAGUUCAGGGGUGCACGCAAGCAAGUAUGUAAAACGUGUAAAAUAUGGAGUUAUACUUGCCGUAAAGAGAUAUAAACUGUGUUUCCUUUGCUUCUUAAUGUUGUUUCUUGUGUGUGUGUGUGUGUGUGUGUGUGUGUGUGUGUGUGUGUGUGUGUGUGUGUGUGUGUGUGUGUGUGUGUGUGUGUGUGUGUGCGCGCAGGCGUGCGUGCGACGAGCUGGACUAUAUCUGCCGCGUGGUUGUGAUAUUUUAUGUAUGUUUAUUAUUGUGUUCAAAUCUAUUUUCCCAUGGUUCCUUAUUGACUCAUUAAACAUUAGCAUUCAAAA